AUACUGUUACAGCGGCAUCAGGAGGAAGACUGUUCUCAACAUGCCACUACUGCCCAACCUGGACCUGAAGAACGACCCGGCCGAGCUGACAGAGCUGGUUCAGACAUACAAACAGGAGGUAACAGAAGCGGCGUGCGAGCUGAUCUGUGACUGGGCCCAGAAGAUCCUGAAGCGUUCAUUCGACACGGUGGUGGAGAUCGCUCGUUACCUGAUCCAGGAACACAUCGUGAACCCUCGCUGUAGUCAGGCCGAGCUCGUCACGUCUGCAGCCCUCGCAGGAGGUCCGGCCAAAACACACAAAGUCAUCAAGAAAACGCCGGCCGUCCAUAAACCUGACAGCGACGCUGAGCAGAAGAGGGAGAACCUCGGAGACCUGAAGCAGCCGUCAGCAGACAAAUCAGCUGCAGCCAAACCUUCAUCCCUGGAAGCUCUGCCUCCCCCCUCCUCUUCCUCCUCUCUGCGUCCUGCUGUGGAAGCCUUCAUGAAGCAGUUACCCAGAAUCCUCCCUCGCAGCUCCAUCCCUGACAAGACGCAGCUCUCUGUCCGCUCCUCUCCGCCGUCAUUGGCUCCAAAAGACGCCUCAGGUGUGGGUGGAGCAUCUGGACCAGGAGGCCCUGCUGCUGCUGCUGCUGCCAGCGGUGGUGGAGUCAAGGUUAUCAUGGCGACAUUACCACAGCAGCAGGGUGCUCCUGUCCCCUUGAUGAUUCUGCCUCAGGGAUGUCUCUAUGAGAGAGAGAAGGUGGCCCCCCCUCCUGCAGCCCCCACCUCAGUGGUACAGAAAGCACGAGGAAACACGAGUAAGCGCCCCUUGGAGUUGGCGUCAGGCGGCGGCGCUGUCGGCCUUUCUGGAGGCUCUGCUUCCAACACUCCUCCUGUGAAACGGAAACGUGGACGACCAAGAAAACCUCGACCAGAGGACGCUUUUCCGCCGCCUCGUCCUCCUCCUCCACAGCCUCACCCUCCUCCUCAUCCCUCCCACCCUCCCAUCAUCACCUCCCUCACGGGUGGGGUCAUACAGAAAGCUUCCUCCUCCUCGCAGCCCGUGCUGGAGCUGGUGAUUCAGGACCAGUCCAGUCUGGUUCUGAGCCACCUUCCAGCAGACCCAGCUCACAGGCUGGUGGAGCACCGUGGGGUAGUGGUCCAGUGUCAGCCAGGAGGGGCGGGUGAGCCAGACCACCACAACAGGCCCCUACUGCUGUUCCAGAGUCCAGGAAACCCCAGCUGGGAGCUGGCGGCAUCAAGCCGGACCCCGAUGGUUGAGGUCAUCCAGAAAGCUCCGAGACCGAGCAAUAACAGCACUGCUGCAGCGGCAGCACACCUCCAUCCUCACACCGCUCUUCCUCUGCCCACGCUGCACGAGGAGCGGGGGGAGGUAGAGAUCACGCUGACGCCGCUAGAGCUGCCUUCCUCCUCCACCUCCUCUCCCCCACCUGCUCCUGCCUCCUCCGUCACAGUAAAGACUGAGGAGGACCACAUCUCCUCACAAAGAGAGGGACACUAGCUGUUACCUCACCUACAGCCAAGCCCCGCCCCCUCAAAUCCCAUUCACCUCCUCCUUAUUGGUUGAAAUCCCAGAUUGGUCGCAGCAGAGAGCCGGUCAGGAGGAUAAAUGAAGCCAAAAUUCCCUUCAUCAGCUCCCAUUGCACUUCUAAACAGACGCUUUACAAACGUAUGAUUCUUUAACUGCAUGUCUGUUUGUCCGUCUGUCAGUGGAGGGUCAGGAGAGCUGCUCCUCAGAUCCCCGGGCCCCAUUUAAACCUUCCUUCCCUCCUUGCAUCCUUGUUUCCUUAAUCCUUAGAUUAUUCCUUUUCUGUGCUGAGGGAUGGUUUUCAGCUGCAUCACCUUUACAGCCUCCAAUCAGCUGAUUCAUGGAGCACAGUAAUGACUUUGAAGAGGAUUGAUACUAAAGGUACUACGGGUCAGAGCCUUGUGAAGGUUCUUUGUGUUAUAUAUGAAAAAUCACCUUUUAAACAGAGUUCAGCCUCGACUCACCUUCAGUUCAACUCAUGUAUAAAAAUGAUUUCAGGAUGUGGGGGUUAGAGGGAUAGAAAUGGAAGUCUAAUAACUGAAUCUAGUCUGGUGGAGCUGAGGACCAAGUCCUGCUUUGUCUCCAGGAAGUGGUUUUCAGUUUAACUUUUGAUUUGAGGUGAAUCGCAGCUGGACUCUGGGUUUCUCUGUUCUGAACAGAUUUGUUUUGUUGUGUUUGUGACAGUGUUGGUGUCGUUCAUGUGUGUGUGUGUGUGAGACAGGGAGGACAACACACUCAAUUUCAAGGCUUUAAAUAUCUAUUCACCAGAGAUGGGUCAUAAAAUAAACCUUGUUAAUAUGAAGUCA